GUGUCGUGAACCAAACAUUUAUUCACUCCGGCUCUAAUAUUUCUGGCAGCCGAGCGCAUGGAUCACGGCUUACACGGCCUCUGUUGUCCUGGAACAAGUCGGCGUGUAACGGUCUUAUUUACCCAUUUGAAUAAAUCACACCAUUAAACAGUGUCGACUGCGGCUGUUACAAUCCGAGAGACGAACAGAAGCACAGCCCAGGAGCGGUUUGUUUUUUUCAGUGGUCGCUGCUGCUGUAGUGUAAAAGCGGAGCAGAUGGAGCGGUGGAAAGGCAGAGUGGCCCUAGUGACUGGAGCCUCGGUGGGCAUAGGAGCGGCUACAGCCCGGUGUCUGGUCCAGCACGGUAUGAGGGUGGUCGGCUGCGCCAGGACGGUCGACAAAAUAGAGAAAUUGGCAGCUGAAUGUCAGAGCGCGGGCUACAGUGGCACACUCAUCCCUUACAAGUGCGACUUGUCAAACGAAGAGGAGAUCCUGUCCAUGUUUUCGGCCAUCAAGACGCUGCACAAAGGCGUGGAUGUAUGCAUCAACAAUGCUGGACUGGCACACACAGAGCCACUGCUCAGCGGAAAAACAGAGAGCUGGAGGAACAUGAUCGAUGUGAAUGUCUUAGCUUUGUCGAUCUGCACUCGUGAGGCGUAUAAAUCAAUGAAGGAGAGGAACGUGGAUGAUGGCCACAUCAUAAAUAUAAGCAGUAUGUGUGGGCACCGAGUUGUUCCAAAUUCAGAUUUGCAUUUCUACUGUGCUACUAAAUACGCAGUGACUGCUCUGACUGAGGGGCUACGACAAGAACUCAGAGAAGCCAAGACUCACAUCAGAGCCACGAGUAUAUCUCCUGGAAUUGUGGAGACGGAAUUUGCCUUCAGGCUCCACAACAGUGAUCCUGAGAAAGCAGCCGCAGUAUAUGAGAGUAUAAAAUGUUUGAAAGCUGAUGAUGUAGCCAAUUCAGUCACAUACGUCCUCAGUGCCCCACCCCAUGUCCAGAUUGGAGACGUGCAGAUGAGACCGGUGGAGCAGGUGUCAUAGCAGUUGACAUUAAGCUGCAGGAGAAGAAGCCAGAGGACAGCUUAGUGACCUCUACUUGGCUUGGGGAGGAAGGGGGGGGAGAAACACCCAAACCCAAACUGCUGUUUCCUGAUAUGCGUGGAUGUAGUUAAACAGGGAUGGAGCCUUAAAGUGAAGAAAUGAAGGGCAUAGACUUUGUAAACCAAUAUUAAUAUACUAUUGACCUGUUUAUUGUGAAUGGCUGAGCCCAGACUACUGUAGGAACAAUUGACACCAGUGAGUGUUGCUGAUGCUCUCUGGUCACCUGCACCACCAUCACUUCAGAGGGAAGAGAAUUCAGUUGAUUGCUUAUGUUUUUUUUUGUUUGUUUUUUUGUAGUCCAUCUGGCAUAUCUUUUUGGAAUUGAACAUUAAAAAAAAAAUUCUUUUAUAUUUUAACUUUAGAUGUGGUCUCAUACUCACUAAUAAUAUGUCACAUAAUAUAUUUUACCUAGGACAGCAUAUAUCUGCUGCCACCUGUAAACACAAUAUGAUGGUGUGAACACUUUUAUGUCAUUAAAAGUCAGAUUCUGAUCAGUUUCAAAGACAGACCCCACUGUUGGUCUAGGACAUGAGUUGUCAAUAGUCUCCUAUUGGCCUAAUAUGGGUUUUUGUGCACUUUUAGUUCAUUCAUUUUAAAAUGAAUACACUGACAACAUGGGGAGGGGGACUAACUCAUGUAACAUACAUGUAUACCCUAAAAAUGUGUACCGUUUAGCUAUAAUUUCUCACUGAAUAAAUAAAUAAGAACUAUUGCCCAAAA